GUCAAUCUUGAAUACCUUCACUCCUGUGAGUCCUUUGUCAUUAAAAAUCUGCAUGAUCUUGCUUUCAGACAAGUUUGAGAGUUUAAACUCGAAUUUCUUCAAACUCUUGCUCAAUUCUGAUUUGCCAAAUGCUUUGACUAUCUCUUCUAGCUGACUCGAGUACUCAUCCCAGUCUGAUGAUUCUCCACACAUAAUAUUGAUUUCUGACUAGCUCACCAGAGAUCUUAUAAGUUGAUAAAACGUCUCGUCAAGCUCCUUUGCUAGAUAUCAGCUCUCUAAGUCAAAAGUAGCUGCUUCUUAAUCAUCUUGAUAAGGCAUGUGUCUGGCUUUGAUCAUGGUCCAUAUCAAAAUAUUGUACUCUCACAUUGUUUGCAUAUUUUAUGAAUCCUGAGAGUUCAAAGAAAUCUACAGAAGCUAGAAUCUCAAUCUCAAACUUGAUACCUCUCAGCUCCUAUUGCUCUAACUUUAUCUCCAAGUGAUCUUCCAUCAUCUAUUUAUUUUCAAAGCUUUGUCCUCUCAUAAAAAUAUGUUCUUUACUUUAAGCCUCCUCUCUGGUUGAAUUAUCACUUUGCAUUUGUCAAACACUCAGGCCUGGAAUGCUAACUCCACUGCUCCAGUACAGCUAUUCAAAAUCCUGGUGAAUCCCUUACUGGUCAUCCUCAGUAGGACAAGAUAUACCACUCCAGGUGCAGUAGAAACCUAGAGGCCUGCUACUUAGCUUAAGAAGAGAUGAGAAGGAUCAUGCAGGGGUUGGGGUGUACUUGGAUGCAGAGGUUACAGAGGAGAGCCAAAGGAAGAAGAUGAUGGAGAUUUAGGUAUAGUUCAAAGGAAAAAAGAGAAGGAGAGGGAUAUAAGAGUGCUAUAAAUCAUUAAAUUUUGUAAGAAUUCGCAAACUGCGCUGGAUAAAUUUGCCUCACCUGCCACUUUGAAGGCUUGAAGGGGCCAAUGAUGAUUUUAGAAGAGCAUAUUUAUUCAAAAUGAUGUUGAACCUUUCAGUUGCCUUGUCAUAUCUUUAAAUGCCCUACCAACCAGCUAUA